CUUUAGUGUCUUCUUUGGAAUUUGUGAUGUGUAUAUACGUUUCAUGUAUCACUUCUCUCGGGCCAGUCGAGCAAAAGAGAUGCACUGAAGCCUUUCUAAUUCCGAUUUUUAUGGGUAAUAGGGGUCAAUGGCAAAGCCGGGUCUAGGAAGUCCACCUUGAUGAAAUAUAUUUUCAGACACAGCAAGACUUUGCUGCUCUUGAGAGAUUGGGCGGGAACCUCGGAGCUCUGUACAGCUGGAUUUUUCUUCUGGAACAGUGGCUUGAGCCUGCAGUGCUCUCAGAACGGACUUUUUCGCUCGCUGCUUUACGAAAUUCUCUGCAAAUACCAAGAACUCAUUCCUGCCGUGUUACCAGCACAAUGGGGUGUCAGGUACACUUCCAAGUGCCAAGCUCGUCACUGUCCGCCUGAAUCUUGGGAGCUAUCGACCUUACAAAAAGCAUUCACCAGUCUCAUCUCGCAAACAAAAGUGGAUUUGAAGCUCUGCCUUUUUAUUGACGGACUCGACGAGUAUAAAGGCAACGAAGAUGAUAUCGCUGCUCUCUUUGGUGAAGCAUCGACGUCUGAAAAUGUGAAGAUCUGUUACUCUAGCCGACCGCACUUAGCUUUUGUUGAAGCUUUUGAAACUCGGCCACGAUUGAGACUCCAAGAUUUGACAUUUCCUGACAUUCGACGAUAUAUCCAUGACAGGUUAGAGACAAAUAUCAGGAUGCAGCAACUUAGUCAAGCCGAGCCCGAAGCUACCAAAAAACUCAUCGAGGAGAUUGGAAAUGCUGCAAAUGGCGUGUUUCUUUGGGUGACUCUUGUCGUCACCUCUCUACUUCGGGGGCUAAGCAAACACGACAACAUACGAUAUCUUCAAAUGCGACUGCGAGGAUUGCCCGAGGAAUUAGACAAUCUCUAUCAUCACAUGGUUUACGAAGUCGAUAAUAUCUACCAACAAGAGGCUGCUAAAAUGUUUCAACUCGUCGAUACUAAUUUUCAGACUCGGGAAAAUCGACACCCAUCUCCUUUUCGCGAAAAGCAAGAUCUCACCGUUUUGUUCCUUUCCUUCGCUUCAGAGAGAGACACCAAUCUUGCCUUCGAGGCUGAACUUGGGUUCAUGACCUUCCAGCAGGUUAUGGACCGCUGUAAAGAUAUGGAGAGGCGUCUCGGGACACGAUGUGGAGGUCUGCUCGAGGUACAAUACAGACACGACUAUGACAAUCAUGAUCUCUCUUAUGAGGCAGGCCUAUAUGUGUCUCCUAAUAUGACUAUCACAUACCUACACCGAACAGUCAAAGACUUUCUGGAACUCCCAGAGACUCGCCGACUACUGGCAGACAGAGCAAGCGGUCCACAGACGAAUACUUUUAACACAAUCCAUGCAUUCUUCAGGGC